AGAGCGAAAGGUUGUCUGAGGAAUAAAAUUAAGAAAGUAACACUAUGUACUAUAGUUCUACAUUGUUUUUAUCAUAAAAAAAAUACAGUGCGAUAAGUAUUAUGUAUUUAGAAGAAGUUAUAUUAGAUGGUUUUAAAAGUUAUGCUAAUCGCACAGUGAUUUCUGGAUUUCAUCCAAAAUUUAAUGCGAUUAGUGGAGCAAAUGGCACUGGAAAAUCUAAUAUUUUAGACGGUAUAUGUUUUGUUAUGGGAAUAAAAUCUUUAACUCAGAUGCGGGUGUCAAAGAUAGAACAGUUAAUUUACAAACAAGGCCAAGUGGGAGUUUCUAAAGCAAGCGUGACAUUAAUCUUUCGAAAUAAUGAUCGGCUAACGUCACCAGUGGAUAUGAGCCAUAUGGAAAAAAUAACUGUUACAAGACAAAUUGCUAUAGGAGGGCGUGAAAGGUUUCUAUUAAAUGGUCAUAAUGUUCGUAUGACAGAUAUUCAAGCAAUGUUUCAAUCGGUUCAGCUUAAUGUGAAUCAUCCUCACUUUUUGGUAGCUCAGGGUCGCAUUACUAAAGUCAUAAAUAUGAAGCCUCCUGAAAUUCUUGGACUUAUUGAAGAAUGUGCUGGAACAAGACUUUAUGAAUUAAAACGGAGUGAAUCAACUAGAAGAAUUUCUAUAAAAGAGUCCAAGCUCGAAGAAAUUAAUAAGCUUGUGAGCGAAGAAAUUGAACCUGCUAUUAUGAAUCUUCGAAAAAAACAGGAAGAAUAUGCUAAAGGAUUACGGAUAGCUGAAGAUAUUUCUCGUUUAGAAAAGCAAUGUGUUUUACAUGAAUAUUUUAGGCUUUUACAAGAUAUUCAACAAGUUGAAAUGUUAUGUGAUAAAGACGAGGCAUCUUUAAAGAAACAUCAACACGAUAUUAAUUUUUCCAAAAAGCAGCUUGAAACCUUACAAGAAUCGCUUACACAUGAAUCCGAAAAACAAACUGGAGAUAAAAAAACCCUGCAGGAAUUAAUUGAUGAAGAAAAAAAAGCGUCUCGUAAUAUGAUAACGCUUUCUGUGGAACUGAAAGAAAUUGAAAAUGAUAAAGCUCAGUUAGAAAAGCAAAUUGAAGAAUUGCAAGAAACUUGGCAAAAAGACGAAAUCGAAGCCAAAAUGAUUUUACAGCUGACUGAAAAAGAUUUCAGUACUGAAAAAGAAAAGGUGGAAGCUUUAGAUAAACUUAAUGAGAAAAUGGACGAUUUGCGAGCCACUAUAGAAGAAGCACGCACUGGGUGCGUGUCAUUUAACGCAUCAAAAGAAUUGCAAACUGUUACGUCGCAUCGGAGUACCGUUCGGGACAAAAUAGUGGAUGCCGAAAUACGUUUAAAAUCCUUACAAGCUGAAACAAAAACCCUUGAAAUUUUUUUAAAAAAACGUGAUGAAGAAAUUUUAUUACUACGAAAAUCUAACGCCCGCGCUCAUCAAGAACAUGUAGGUGCCGAUAUUCAGACAGAUAUUGUGAACGUCCAAAAACAAAUUGAUGAUUUAAAACAUUGUUUAAAACAUCAAGAUCAGACGUUAGAUGAUCUUAAAUUGGCUCAGUCGACUCUUCCCAAUUUACAAUUGGCCCUUAAUGAACUUGAUGAUACUAUUUCUAAUUUGAAGCGAGGUUUAUUUCAUAUAACUCGCAUUCACGAGGAAAACCCUCAAGCGGCGAAUGAAGGGAUUAAGGGAGUGGCAGCAGAGCUUUUUCACGUCAAAGAAGAGUUUUCAUCUUAUAUUUUAGCUUUAGAGGAAGCCGGUAAAAGCCGUUUACUCAAUAUCGUCGUGGAUAAUGAUGACACAGCAAAACGUUUACUUGACAAAUAUAAAAAUAUUCGUCGAAUCACUUGUAUUCCUUUGAAUCGCAUUCAAGCGCAAGAAAUUUCCGAUCACGUGGUUCAAAAAGCGAAACGUGUAGCAAUGUUGCCUUCUGAUUCGCUUGAUUUAGUACGUCCUUGUGAUGUUUUAAGCUGUGCAUCCCCAGAGUAUAAUAAGGCACUUUGUUUUGUAUUUCGUCAAACCUUAUUAUGCGCUCUUCCUGAAAUUGCUCAUAAAGUGACAAAUGACGCAUCUUUACAAUUGGUAACGAUAACAAAGGAUGGUGAUCAUUAUAAUCCUGCGGGUUCUAUAAGUGGUGGUUCAUCUUCCGGUUUUAAUGGCCUUUUGAGUCAAUUGGAAAAACUGCGUGCAGCACAAAACGAGCGCUUGUUAGCCAGUGAAAACUUUAGAAUGGAAAAAAAAAAGUAUGAAGCAUUAAAAAAGAUGCGUGAUCAAGAUAGUGAAAAUGCAACCAAAUUACAAAAACUUCAAUUGCAAUACGACAAUUUAAAUAUACGUUUACUGGAACAAAACUCUCUAGAUACUCAAAAAUCUUUAGAGAAUCAUUUAUUGGAGCGAGAAAACAUUGUCAAAAAAUUAGAAAAUCUUCGCACUCAAGAAAUUCCAAAGCUUACGGAAAAUAUUUUACCCAAAUUAAGGGAGGAACAAAACAUUUUACAAGGCUCUGAUGAAACACGGGAAGCUUACAUGGCAACAUGCCAACAUGAAAUGGAGACUUUAAAAAAAAAAGAAAAACAAUUCAAAGAAACCUUACGACAAUUGAAAGAUAAAAACAGUGAGAGUCAUCGGCACUUAACUGUUCUUCAAGAAAAUAUUAAAUGCGCCAAAGAAAUGAUUUCUCAAAAAAAAAAUGUUGAUUUACCUAAACUUAUCCAGUUACAAAAUACCUUGUCCACAACGUUUAACGAUUCGGUCACAAGUCAUACUCUUUUAAUAAAGGAAAUUGAGAAAAUUAAAAAAGCUAUAGGGCUUGAUGAGGAAGCGGGGCAACGUUUUCAUGAAUCAAAACAAGAACUGGAGAUAUUCAUUGAAGAAACGGAAACAAAAAGUACCAAGAUAUCCCAUAGUUUAGCACAGAAUAAAAAAUUAUGGAGCGAUUUGGCUAAGAAACGGUCUGUAAUGUUACGAGAAAAAGGAUGGGUCGCAACAGAGGCCACGAAACUUAACGAUCAAAGUGAACCGUUUCAUUUAGCAGAAAAAUUAGAAAAAUUACAAUUAUUACGUGAUUCCUACGAUACUCAACGCAAACAUAACAAAAAUGUGAUUGCUUUGUUAGAAACUUCUGAAAAAGAAUUUCAAGAAUUGAAAGAAAAAAAAAAUCAAUUGAUACGAGAUAAAAAGAAAUUAGAGCAAUUUAUUGAAGAAUUAGAUAUUAAAAAACGUGAAGUGUUAGAAACAUGUUGGAAGCAAGUCAACGAGUCUUUUUCGGAAAUCUUUUCAAAUCUUCUACCCAACUGUAAUGCUCAAUUAUGCUUGACGUCGACUAACAAGAUAGAAGAUGGUUUAGAGAUGCAGGUUAUGCUGACGGGAGUUACCAAGAAAUUUUUAGGAGAACUUUCGGGGGGCCAAAAAUCCCUACUAGCCUUAUCAUUGAUUUUAGGUCUUCUUAAAUAUAAGCCAGCCCCUUUCUAUAUCUUAGAUGAAAUUGAUGCCGCACUCGACAUUAGUCAUACUCAAAGAAUAGGUCAUAUGAUCAAAUCACAAUUCGGACGUUCUCAAUUUCUCAUUGUAUCAUUAAAACAAAAUUUGUUUAAUUAUGCAGAUGUCCUGUUUAAAACAUGUUUUAAAAAUGGAACGUCGUGUGUUUUAAGGGAAACCAACGAUAACAGCUUUGACAAAAAACGCAAAAAGAAUGAAUUACAGUGAAACAUUGUUUAGUCAAAUACCAUCCAACAUUUUCGCCUGAUGCUUAUUAU